UUCAACCGUUUAUUGUGUACCAUUAAUUUUUCAUUCCUUCAAUUCUAUAUAUACAUCACAUUCAUUGUUUACCUUUAGCUCUUCAUUUCUGUGCAGCAAUGGAGACAAAAACACCCACCAUGUUCAUCUUUCUGUUACUUUUUAUCCUAAACUUAUCUUCUUCGAUAUGUGAAGCCUCAGAUGAUAAUUCUGUCCAUACAAUGUUUCUUGAUUGUUUAUCAAAGGAAACAAAUCAACAAAUCUCCAACAUUGUCUAUUCUCAAAGCAACCCUUCUUACACUUCAAUUCUUCGUGCUUAUAUUCGUAACGCCCGAUUCAACACAUCAUCGACACUAAAGCCCACAAUCAUCGUAACCCCAGAAAGCGAAUCCCAUGUUCAGGCGACCGUAGUCUGCGCCAAGAAACUUGGGUUUCAACUCAAAAUCAGAAGCGGCGGACAUGAUUACGAGGGUAUCUCAUACGUCUCCGACACACCCUUUUUAAUCCUCGACAUGUUCAAUCUCCGUACCAUCACUGUCGAUGUGGAAAACCAGUCUGCUUUUGUUCAAUCCGGUGCCACACUCGGUGAGUUGUAUUAUAAAAUCUGGGAGAAGAGUAAAGUCCUCGGCUUUCCAGCCGGAGUGUGCCCGACGGUGGGUGUUGGUGGGCAUUUUAGCGGUGGUGGGUAUGGUAACAUGUUGAGGAAAUUCGGGUUAUCAGUGGAUCAUAUAUUUGAUGCCCAGAUUGUCGAUGUGAAUGGUCGAAUCCUUGAUAGGAAAUCAAUGGGGGAGGAUCUGUUUUGGGCGAUCAAGGGAGGCGGAGGAGCAAGUUUUGGGGUUGUUCUUUCUUACUCAAUCAAUUUGGUUCCAGUACCCGAAAAAGUUACAGUCUUUAGAAUUGAAAAAACAAUUGAAGAGAACGCAACUGAUUUGGUCUAUAAAUGGCAGUCAGUGGCACCAACAAUUGACAACGAUUUGUUCUUGAGAUUGUUAUUGCAGCCUGUGACUUCGAAGAUAAAUAAGGGUCAGAAAACAGUGAGAGCAAGCGUUAUUGCAAUGUAUUUGGGAAAUGCAGAGGCUAUUGUGGGUCUAUUGGGGAAAGAAUUCCCUGAAAUGGGAUUGAAAAUUGAAGAUUGUAUCGAGACUACUUGGAUUGAUUCGAUGGUAUGGUGGGCUAAUUACGAUAAUGGCACUUCCCCAACUGUUCUGCUCGACAGAAAUCCCGACUCGGCGAAUUUUUUGAAGAGGAAAUCAGAUUAUGUUCAAACACCGAUCUCGAAACAGAGUCUGGAAUGGAUUUGGAAGAAGAUGAUCGAACAGGGGAAAGUUGGGUUCGUCUUCAAUUCAUAUGGAGGGAGAAUGUCUGAGAUUCCUGAAACAGAAACUCCAUUUCCGCAUCGAAAAGGGAACUUGUUCAAGAUCCAGUAUUCAGUGAAUUGGCAGGAGGAGGGUGCGGAUGCUUUAAAAAAUUAUCUUAAUCAGGCAAAGAUGCUUUACAGUUACAUGACUCCAUUUGUGUCGAAGAACCCAAGAAGUGCUUACUUGAAUUAUAGGGAUCUUGACAUAGGAGUAAUGCCAAAAGGUGGGAAUGACAUCAACGCAGGGAGAGUUUACGGAGAAAAGUAUUUUGGGGUCAAUUUUGAUAGGCUGGUGAAGGUGAAGAGUGAUGUGGAUCCACAGAAUUUCUUCAGGAAUGAACAGAGCAUCCCUACUCUUCCAAGCUACUUGACCUGUUCUGCGGUGGUUGUACUUCUGCUUGUGAAUGCAGAGAUACCCUACUCGGGCGCAACCAGCGGAAAGUGGGUGCCAGUCUUGUCUGCUAUAAAGCUCAUGGGACCCUUGAUUUGGUUGCUUGGUUUGGGAUGAUGGAUUGAUGGUGAAGAUACACCGCACCCGUAUGCUGUUAAAGAUGACAAAGAGAACGUGAAAGCCAUUUUUAAUUUAUGUUGUGCAGUGCUAGUAUCUCAUGCUUGUCGUCAUAGGGGUGGGAAAAAAAAAGAUUUAUGAGUCGGUUUCAAGUUGGAUAACAAGGCAUGUUUACGAAAUAUUUUAUCCGGAUCCUAAAUCACAUUGGAUUUUAGAA